GCAAGUUAUAAUCAAAGAGAAAUUCGAUUCUCGAGUGGUUUCCCAAAUCUGCUGAAGAAGUAAGCUUGCACCGUUGCAGAUUUAAUGAAUCCUGGUGUCUUCCUAGUUUUCGAACUCAAGACAAGGUUCCCGCCUGAAGGAGCUCACGAAUUAUACGUUAGCGACAAAAGCUGUGUGAACGUCCAUUCACUUACCUUCCUACCUUCCACCAAAGAUGGACUUAUUUGAUGAUCUUCCUGCACCAACCAAUAGUGAGACGCCUUCACAGCCGAGCCGGGGAGACCACAGGGAGAAGAGGAAACGGCAGGUGAACCCAGAGGAUGAGGUGGUGGAAGAGAGGACUUGCGAGGAAAAGAAAGUUUGUAAAGGACUGGCCAGGAUAAAGGGGUUUGUGGCGUCCCGUCGAGGGGAGAGGGAGGACAUGCAGGACGCGCACGUGGUCCUGCCCGACAUGAGCUCCUGUCUGCCAGCCCCGCCCGCACAAGCUUCUCGCUUGGCUUACUUUGCUGUGUUUGAUGGUCACGGAGGAGCCCACGCUUCACGAUUCGCCGCUGAGCAGCUGCAUCGUACUCUGGCUGACAAGUUUCCCAAAGGUGAAGCAGAAAACCUUGACAAACUGAUAAAGAAAUGUUUAUUGGACACGUUUCGGCAAACGGACGAAGACUUCCUGAAGAAGGCCUCUAGCCAGAAACCAGUGUGGAAGGAUGGGUCCACCGCGACGUGUAUGCUGGUGGUGGAUAAUGUGGUGUACGUGGCCAAUCUCGGAGACAGUAGAGCCGUGCUAUGCCGUUCAGAGCCAGGAGAGGGCGGGGCAGAGGACAGGACUGUUACACUGGCGCUCAGUAAAGAACACAACCCCACCAUCUACGAGGAGCGCAUGCGCAUCCAGAGAGCAGGAGGAACCGUCAGGGACGGGCGUGUGCUAGGGGUGUUAGAGGUGUCCCGUUCCAUAGGAGAUGGGCAGUAUAAACGUUGUGGGGUGAUCUCGACUCCUGACGUCAGACGUUGUCCACUCACGUCCAAUGACAGGUUUGCCAUCUUGGCGUGUGACGGCCUGUUUAAAGUGUUCUCUGCGGAGGAAGCUGUGAAAUAUGUUCUGAACAUUCUGCAGGCUGAACCUGUGGAGAGGAAAGAAGGGCAGACUGAGGAGGAGGGGCGUUAUGAGACAGCCUGUCAGCGAUUGGCCAGUGAAGCUGUGAGGCGGGGCUGUGCAGAUAACGUCACUGUGAUUCUAGUAUCUAUAGAGUUCUGAAGUUUUUUUGAUUGACAAGUUGAUGGACCAGAUGCAGAUGGCCAGCUUUGACACUGAGAGCAGAAACCCAGGCAAGACUACCAGAGCCUCUUUACUGAACACAUUGGUUAUUCAGGAGAUGUUCUAAUCUCAGAAAUAAA